AUGUCUCUCCAGCUUUCCAACCUCUUCGGCGUCAAGGACAAGCCGAUUGCAGCCAUCGCAGAAGGGUUUUCUACCAAUGGUGCCAAAGUAUACAUCACGGGACGUCGUGUUGAAGUCCUCGAGAAGGCUGCAGAAGAACUGCGUGGAAGAGCUGCACUUGGUGGACAAGUGAUUCCGUUAGUCGUUCUUCCCAUCCGGGUAAUCCUCAGACUGACGUCACAUCAUUAUAGGAUCAAGGGUGAUGUGAGCACCAAGGACGGCUGUGCUCAGCUCUUUGAGCAAAUCAAGCAGAGAGAGGAUCAUGUCGACGUGCUUAUUUGUAAUGCUGGUUUGCAAGGGACAACCGACUAUCCUCCUUGGGAUCCCACUGAUCGUAGGAUUUGUCCCGACUCUACUGAGAAGGGCUUGUGGGAGAGUGUCGAUAACGAUUCCUUCACCUCGACAAACGAUGGUAUGCGGUGCUCUUUGUACAUUUUCGUCAACAUCAGUGGUGUCUAUUUUACCGCCGUGGGAUUUCUCCCGCUGCUGCGAAAGUCUUCCGACCCUAGCGUGGUCGUGAUUGCUUCGUUGGCUGGCAUUGUUAUUCAGAGGCUGCUGCUUCUGGCGGGCAGAUUUGCCCCGAUGAAAGUCCGCGUCAACUGUAUCUGCCCUGGAAUCUUUCCUAGUGAAAUGACGUUCGCCGAUACUACCAAUAACACGGAUAACCUCAACCCUUUCGCAGAAAGCGCCGCUAAGCGGGCUCCUGCUGGACGCCCUGGGUAUCCCGAAGAGAUAGUUGGACCGUGUCUGAUGCUGAGUUCCAAGGCCGGAGGUUACAUGAACGGAGGAUAUCUAUUGGUCGAUGGUGGUAGAGCAAUGGUACGUCUUCUGCCUUCUAAUUUAGCCGUCAUUGGAUGCUAA